GCUAUACAUAUAGCUUACACAAUCCCCAUUCCAGGAUCAGCUCGAUCUGUCACCUUACUUCUGGUGAACUUCCCGAACUGCGGAUUCAUAAGCAAUGGUGGUGCCACUGGAAUCAGGGGGCUGAGGAGAAAAGCUCGGAGUUAGCUAACCCCAACCCCGGAUGGCGGACUUAAGAUGCAACCCGAGCAUGCCAACAACAUCACUCCUCGCCUGUCGUUCCAUCACAGUCUGAACCCCGAGGCCCGGCGACUUGCUAUAUCUAAGAAACAUCCAUCGUACACAGCGUUAACCUUACAAUCAUCGUCCCUUCAACGUCUAGAUCUAACCUCAGAGCUCUACUCUCAGUACCGUAACAACGACUCACCAAACAAGCUUGAACUCAUCAACUCAGUACCAUGACAGCCGUGGCCAAAACGAUCGUCGCCACCGGAGCUUCAUCCGGCAUUGGUUUCGAGCUGGUAAAACAGCUCCUCUUCCAGCCCUCCACUACCCCAUACCGCUUCAUCCUCGGCGCGCGCGACGUCGCCCGCACGCAGGCGGCCUACGACGCGCUGCGCUACGACAGCGCCCGGCACAGCCUGACCGUGCUGCCGCUGGAGCUGUCGGACCUGCGGGCGACGCGCUCGUUUGCGCAGCUCACGCUGCAGCGGCUGAGGGACGAGGGGCAUAAUGGUGGGCUGGAUUAUCUGUUGCUGAAUGCUGCUGUGACCAACCCGGCGGGUGCAAACCUGAAGGGACAGGAGGAAGGGAAGGGAGAAUUUGGGGAAAAGGGGUGGUGUGAGAGUUUUGUUGUCAACCACCUUUCGCAGCAUUACCUGGUGCAUCUGCUCCGGGAGAAGCUGGUUGAGUCGAAGGCGAGGAUUGUGGUGGUUUCGUCUGGCGCGAUACGUCGCGUGCAGCAGACAGAUUCCCUCGACAGCGAUCUGAAAGCGGGCUCCGGUGCCGAUGGCCAGACCACCUACAGCCAGACCAAGUUUGUCCAGCUGCUGGGUGCGCACUGGUGGCGCCGCCAGCUGAAGGGCCAGUGUACUGUGGUUGCCGUCUCGCCCGGUCUGAUUCCCGACACAGGCAUCGGCAGGGGCUCCGGUAUGAAGCUGACCAUGGACAUGCCUGAUGCCAAGACGGUUCCUGAGGGGGCACAAAGCAUCUUCCGUGCCUUCACGCGCGACAUCCCCGAGGACCCCGACCAGAUCUUCCUCACCAGCUGGGGCGAGUGGUGGAGCAAGGAUGUGUAUGCCUUGAGCCUGGACAAGGCCCUCCAGGACAAGUGGUGCCCGAGCAAGGAAGAAAUUGAACGCAAGAACGGGCUGUCCGAAUGAAUGUGGCCUUUGACCAGCAGUGUCAGGGCCGUAUCACAGGACUCUGCAUCCCUGGACAGCACUCAAAAACACAUAACAAUAAAAUAAGCGGGCAUUAUGCGGAACAGUUCAGCAGUAA